UCAUUGAUUGAUCAGUGAUUGUUUCCACCGCGGCUACUAACUUUACUACUUGUGAUCGAGCUUUGUUUUCCAAUUUCGCGUUAUUCGCCCAGAGAAUUCAAGAUGGUCUCCUGCCCUAACGCCCUUAAUAUCCGCAGCGCUGCUGGUCAGGUCUGCAAGGCCUUUGGUGUGCGCCUCGUGACGAAUCCGAACAUUGUCUAUCUCGCGCAGAAUGGAGGGUUUGAUAGUCUCUUCAUCGAUCUGGAGCACUCUGCCCUUUCCAUUACUGAUGCAGGCAACAUGAGCACAGCCGCCCUGUUGGCAGGCCUGACGCCCUUUGUGCGCGUGCCUUAUCAGUGCGGCAAUGGCUAUGUACAGAAGGUCAUGGACGCUGGAGCCAUGGGAGUCGUCUUUCCGCACAUAUCUUCGUCCAAAGAAGCCAAAGCAUGCGUGUCGAUUGCAAAGUACCCCCCUCUGGGUCUCCGUUCGAUGACCGGCCAGCUACCCGUGUUUAAUUACAAGGCAACGCCGGCAGAGACUGUGGUGGAGGACAGCAAUACCUCUGCCUCGACGGUGGUAGUCAUGAUCGAGACGCAAGAAGGUGUCGAGAGUGUGGAAGACAUUGCAGCAGUCCAGGGAGUCGACGUCUUGUUGAUUGGGUCCAAUGACCUGGCCAUCGAGCUGGGAGUGCCAGGCGGCUUCCGCACUGAGACCUUUAGGACGGCUCUGGAGAAGGUGUCGGCUGCGUGUAAAAGCAAUGGAAAGGUCAUGGGACUGGCAGGGAUAUAUGGCCAGGAUGAUAUUCAUCAAUGGGCCAUCAACACUCUUGGUGUGCGAUACAUCUUGGGCCAGCAAGACUCUGGGUUAAUAGCCCAAGGAGCUGCCAAGUGCUCUGCGGCUAUUCCAGAGCCGACGUCGACUGGAUCGCAAUAGACAGCGAGGAUAAUUGAAGCUUCUGACUGUCUCUGGAUGUUUUCCUCUGGGCUAGUAAUUCAAUAAACCACGAGUGGCCGCGCGGUCUGGUCUGGUGGCUGCGCUGUCGCUGGAGACGGCAGCAGCUUUUUGGCAU